AUGGUGUACCCACGUUUCAUCUCCUGUCACAAUUUAAUGGAGAAAGGCGUCACCUUCAUUCUCAUAAUGAGAGAGGAGUUCCUGGCAAAUUUCAAUGUAGCGAAUUUAGAAUACUGGCAGAACCUAGCAUUCUUGUUUGCCAUUCGUGACAUCAACCAAGAUCCACUGCUCUUACCCAACAUCACACUGGGAUACAGCAUCUAUGAGAACUAUUUCGAUGAAAGAAUAACUUACGAUGCCACGAUAGACCUGCUGUCGACUGGAGAACAGAGCGUUCCAAAUUACAGCUGUGGAAAGCAGAGUAACCUCUUGGUGGUUCUUGAAGGAGCAGGCACUGAAAUUUCCAGCCACAUCUCAAGCAUCUUGGAUAUCUACAAAACCCCACAGCUGAAUCCUUUCCUGAGAAACUUUGAGCUUUAUAAUACUUCCAAGGAUGGUAUUUAUCUAGAUGAGAAUGGAGAUCUGGCAACUGACUUUCAAAUCAUGAAUUGGGUGGUUUUCCCCAACAAAUCCUCUACUGGAAUUGAAGUCGGUAGUAUAGAGAGACGGAACUCCUCAAAGAUCAAGUUCACCAUAGAUCAGAGUGUCAUUGUAUGGGCCGAGUGGUUUAAUCAGACUGUGCCCAUCUCUAGAUGUACUGAAAGUUGUCGCUCUGGAUAUGCCAAGUUGAUGAGGGAAGGAGAGCCGUUUUGCUGCUAUGAAUGUGCCUUUUGUGCGGAAGGAACCAUCUCCACCCACGAAGAUGCGGAUCACUGUAUUAAGUGUCCAGAUGAGGAUUACUCCAACAAAGAUCGUACAGAAUGUCUUGCCAAGUCUAUCAUCUACCUUUCCUAUGAAGACCCUUUGGGAAUCAGCAUAGCUUUCUUUGCCCUGUUCUUUACCUUAAUCACAGGGUUUGUCUUAGGUAUCUUCCUCAAAUACCAGGAAACAGCCAUGGUCAAAGCCAACAACCGUGAUCUCACCUACAUGCUUCUCGUCUCCCUCCUGCUUUCCUUCUUGUCCUCCUUUCUAUUCAUUGGCCAACCGCGGACGGCAACUUGCCUUCUUCGACAAACCGCUUUCAGCAUCAUCUUCUCAGUGGCUGUCUCAUCCUUGUUGGCAAAAACCAUCAUGGUGGUGGUGGCCUUUAUGGCCACUAGACCAGGAAGUGGGAUGAGGAAAUGGUUGGGGAAGAGUUUGGCCAACUCCAUAGUCAUUUCUUGCUCUAGUGUUCAAGUGACCAUCUGUAUGGUCUGGCUGGGAGUCUCUCCUCCAUUUUCAGAUUCCGACAUGCACUCCCAGCCUGGGCAGAUCAUAUUGCAAUGCAAUGAGGGGUCUAUGGUCAUGUUUUACAGUGUCCUUGGCUACAUGGGCUUUCUGGCUGCCAUCUGUUUCACUGUGGCUUUCAUUGCCAGGAAGUUGCCAGGGGCUUUCAAUGAGGCCAAGCUGAUCACCUUCAGCAUGCUGGUAUUUUGUAGUGUUUGGGUCUCCUUUGUGCCCACCUAUCUGAGCACCAAAGGAAAAUACAUGGUGGCUGUGCAGCUCUUCUCUAUUUUGUCCUCCAGUCUGGGGUUACUGGGUUGCAUUUUUAUCCCCAAAUGCUACAUUAUACUGUUUAGACCUCAUUUGAAUACAAAGAACUUUCUGAUGCUGAAAACCCAAGAGCAGACUUGA